AUGUUGUCCGAUUUACUAGUCGAAAUGUCACCUUCACCACCAUUACCUCGAAAACGACAUAUUGAAACUACUCAACAAGUGCAUCAGCAACAACAACAACAGCAAGCAUCAUCAACAAAUACACGUUCAUAUGAACAAGAAUAUGAAACUCGACAACAAUCAUCAUUUAUUUCAUCAAAUACAAAUAAACGUUAUCGUCCAUUACAAUCUUCACUUGAACGAACACAUUCAUUAACACGUGAAGAUGAAUGUCGUCGACGACAAUAUCCAAAAUCAAUUGAUGUCUUUAUUCCAUAUGAUGUCCUUGAAAAAGAACGUAGUCAACAAGGUGCAAAAUCUUCAACAAUGACACGAAGUUAUGAAUAUGAAAUUGAAGAACGACGACGUUCAUCAUCAGCAAGUGCUAAACAACAACGUAAAAUUGAUUUUGAUGAAGAACGUGAAUAUUUACGUUGUUUACGUGAUUUAACAAAUGAAUAUGACAAAACUAAACGACAAAGAAAAUCAUUUGAUAAUCGAAAGAAAAAAACAACUGUUGAUACACAAGAAGAAUAUGAAAGUAUUGAAGAAGUCUAUCAUCAACGACCCAUAACAUCAACAACAACAACAGCAGAAGAAGUCAUUCAACGAUCAACAUAUCGAAUGCCAACAACAACAGCAACAACAACAUCAUCAUCAAUGAAUCGUUUAAAUCAAUUUGAAAAACAAUUUAUUGAUAAUUUUGCUGUUCGUCCACAUCAAGAACACCAAUCAACAAUAUCAUAUUCAACACGUCAUGACGGUGAACAACGUUUAACAACAGCACAACGUUCAUUUUCAGAAGAAUUACUUUAUAAACGUUUAAUACCAACAGCUAAACAAUUAUAUACAACAACACCAUCAGCAACAACAAGUGAAGCUGGUUUUGCUACAAGUGAAGAUGAUUUAACAACAAUGGAAUAUCGUCUUAAACGUAAAGAACGUUUAAAACCAAUACGUAUUUAUUCAUCAACAAGUUCAAUACCAGGUGAAACAAGUAUUAAAUAUGUUCGUACAGAACGUCAGCCUGUUGAAUUACUUGUACCAAAACCACAAAUAUUAACAACACAAGGUGAACAUUCAACAACAGUUGUUAAAGAUGUUCGACGUUCAACAGGUAAAAUAACAACAAAUAUACAACAACAACAUCAACGAACAACAAUUGAAGGUGAACAUGAAUUACGUAUUAUUAAAGAACCUAUAACAUCAGGCGAGACACGAGCAGUUGAAUUUACAAUACCAAAACCAGUUGAAACAUUACCAGCUGAACAUUCAACAACAUUUGUUGUUGAAUCAAAAAAAGGUGGUCGUUAUCAAACACUUGAUAUAAGUAGUGCAUUAACACAUGAACAUACACUUGAAGGUGAACAUGAAUUACGUAUUAUAUCAGAACCAAUAUCAUCUGGUUUACACAAUAGAGCAGUUGAAUUAUUAUUUCCUAAACCACCUAUUCCACCACCACCAGGUCAUCAUUCAUCAACAAUUGUUAAACAAACCCGUGCACCACCAUCAAGUGUUGUUAUUGAUAAUAUUCAAACAACAUUAAAAGGUGAACAUGAAUUACGUUUAUUUGAUAAACCAAUUCAAUCAGGAGCAAUUGAUAGUGUUGAAUUAAUUAUACCAAAAAGUGUUACAGAAACAGCUGAACAUACAACAACACUUGUAACAGAAACACAACCACAUAGACGUGUUUUAGAAAUAACCGGUAGUGGAAAAAAAAUGGAAAGUGAACAUGAAACAAAAUUUUUUCGCGAUUCUGUUCGUGUUGAAGAAGAACUUGAAGUUAGAUUACCUAAACAACAAGUUGAACGUCCAGAACAUACAACAACAAUUAUUAAACAUAGUCGAGGUAAAGGACCAAUUAUUGAAGUUGAUACAACACAACGAACAAUUGAAGGUGAACAUGAAACUAAAAUUAUUGAAGAAUCUAUUGAAGCUAAAGCCAAUACAAUGCAAUUAUUAGUUGCGAAACCACAAGUAUCAGCAGAACAUAGUACAACUGUUGUUAAAGAACAACGUGGUAAACCAUACGUAUAUUCUAUUGAUAAAACAAAACCAAUUCCUGGUGAACAUCAAACAAAAUAUUAUGAAAAACCAGUUGAAGCAUUUGGUGAAAUGCAAGUUUUAUUUCCUAAGAAACAACCUGUUAUAGGCCCACUCGAAGGUGAACACAUGUCAACAUUAGUGAAGCAAGUUCAUGCAAGAGAAGUUGUUUAUGAUGAUCGUCUUCGUGAAAUUCCUGGUGAACAUUUAUUAACAGUUGUUGAGAGUUCAAGUACAAAAAUGGAAAGAGGUACUGAAAGUGAAGUCGAAUUUAUUGUACGUAAACCACAAGUAAAACGUACUGAAGAACAUUCAACAACUGUUUUAAAAAAACUUUCACGUCGUCCGUUAAGUUCAAGUGAUUAUGAUGAAGUAUUUGCUUCAUCCGCUGGUGAAGAAGAAAAUCUUCGUCGACGACGUUAUCAAUAUCAAGAAGAAGAGGAAAGUGGUUGGACAAGCGCUGGUGAACAUACAACAACAUAUGUUAAACAAGCACGAGCUAAAUUUGAACCAAUUGAACUUGUUGUUGAUAAACCAAAAGUAAUGCCAAGUGUAUCAAAAUUAAUAGCUGACAUACAAGCACCAACACAAAUAACAUCAAUAAAACCAACAACAAUACUUAUACCACAAGAUAGUUCAGUUAAAUUAGAUAUGGAAUUAAAUAGUCAAAGUCUUCAAGAACAAUAUGAUGAAAUGGAAUUAGUUUUCGAAAAACCACUUAUACGUGAUAGUUCAACAAAACUAAUUGCAAGUAUUCAACCUGGUUUAGAAAUAAAAUCAUUUCGACCAACAACAGACAUGCAACAACAAAUUCAAACAGCAGAAGAAAGUAGUUCAUCAUUAACAAUGCACAUGCAACAAGAACAAGAGGAAGCUUUAGAACUUCGUAUACGUAAACCACAUAUACAAGAUAGUUCAAGUGUUCUUAUAGCUAAUAUUCGACCUGAAUUAGGUAUACAAGGACAAUUAAAAGCAAGUCCUUAUAUUCCACCACCAAUUCAAGAAUCAAGUACAGCAUUAACCAUGGAAUUAAAUGCUGAACAACAAACAACACCAUUUGAAUUAAUUAUACCACGUUUUGGUAUUGAAUCAUCAACAAGUACAGUUCUUGCACAAGUCGCACCAGCUAUGGCUGGUAUACGUGCUAAAAUUGAUGCACCACCAACAGAAAAAUCAACAUCAAAAUUUGUUCUUGAACAAAAAAAACGUUUAGAUGAAGAAGUUGAAUUAGUUAUGCCUAAACCAAAACGUAUUGAAACAAGUACAACAACAAUGAUAGCUGAUGUUGCAGCUAAACUUGAAACAAAAAAUAUACGUGCAAGUGAAGUUAAACCGGAAAGAUCGACAUCAACAUUUUAUUUAGAUGACACAGUACAAAAUGUUAUACCACAACCAGUUGAAUUACGUAUGAAACAACCAAUUAUAGGUGAAAGUUCAACAACAGUAUUUGCUCAUGUUAAAGCAACAUUAGAUACACAACAAAUAAAAGUACUUGGAAAUCCAUAUCAAGCAAUGGAAGAGAGUUCAUCAGCACUUAUACUUGAUAAUGUAUCAAAACAACUUCAACCAUCUGAAGUUGAACUUAUACUUCCACGUCCACAAAUACAAGAGAGUACAUCUGUUGUUUUUGCUGAUGUUCGUCCAACAAUUGAUACAUCACAGACACAUGUUGUUAUCCCGCCACCUAUACAAUAUCCUGUUAAAUCGAGUAGUGAACUUAUUUUACAACAUGAUGAUAUUAAAGCAGCACCUGUAGAAUUACAUUUACAUCGACAACCGAGUUCACAUACAAUUGUGGCUAAAUUAGAUGAUAAACGAACAAAAACUAAAGAUAUGUAUAUUUUAGGGACAGGAAGUGGUCAAGAACAACAAUAUGGUUAUGAAAUACGAGAUAGUUCAUCAACAUUAUAUACAGAUUUAAAUCGACCAACUGAAUACACAUACGAUAUUGAUAAUCGUCGAAAAUCAUCAAUGUCUGAGCAACAACGAAAAGAAUUUAGUUCACAAAUGACAGCUAGAGAACGAACGACUAUGACUACUGGUAGCAAUGUUGGAGUUUCAGAAAACAGUUCAACACUGAUUACUGAAAUUGAACCACGUCAAUUAGCACCAGUUGAAUUUAUUGUUUCAGGUAGUUUAACAGGAACUAAUAAUACAUUAGAACAAUAUUCAGCUAGUGGUACUAGUAAUUUAAGAACAACAACAAAACAAACAAUACAAACAACGGAUAAUGUUAAUUAUAAUGAAAGAACAAAUAUUAAUUCAAAUCAAAGUUAUCGACCAUAUUUUAUUGUUUCUUUACAUGAUCAAACAGUUCGAGAAGGAGAAUCUGUACUUUUUGAAAUUGUUGUAUCUGCUUUACCAUUAGCAGAAAUUACAUGGGAUAAGGAUGGUGAUAUAAUUAGCGUUGAUUCAGCAUUUCGUAUUGAUUAUUAUAGUGAUGGACGAGCAACACUUUAUAUACCAGAAACAUUUUUAGAUGAUCAAGGUUAUUAUACAUGUACAGCUAAAAAUUCAUUCGGAACAUGUCGUUCAACAGCACGUCUUAUUAUUAAAGCAACGAGUGAACGAAUAUCACCAACACGUCGUCAAUUAAAUAGUUCAUCUGUAUCUUCAACAGCUCAAUAUGAACGACAAAUGGGUACAGCAAAACAAUCAUCAGCAUCUUAUCGAGUUUAUUCCCAAUCAAAUCCAUCAACAUUAACUUAUCAAGGAAGUCCAUCACAAGUUGUAACACAAAUUACUGAAGAAACAGAAGUUAUACAAAUACCUCCACAACAAUCUCAACAUGAACAACAUAGUGAAAUAACUUAUGCGGUUCAAGGAAAAAAAACAAAAUUUGAACCAGUUUCAUUUUUAGUUUCAACUGUUAAAGAAAAUAUUCAACCAUCAACAACAACAUAUGAUGGUAAUGAUUCAAAUCCAUUCAAAAUUUUUGGUGCUAAAUUACGUAGUCGACCAACUCAUGGCAUUGUCCCAUCAUAUGAUGAUCAAACUAUGACUAAUUAUUCUCAACAAACAAGUUCUUCAACUCGUUCUCAAUAUCGUCAGUCUACAUCUUAA